UCUCACUCCACGCUAUAGCUUGAAGUUAUUCUAUAUUUUUUACGGACAUCUGUUGUAUAUUGCCAAGUGGUUUGAGUGACAACCGUAUAUGCGAUAACCGGUGUACAUGAGAGGUACGAUGGUCCAUGGUUGGUGUACGGAGCACUAUGUUAUGCCGGAUUAUCUCACGGAUUAAACAUGUCUAUUCUGGAUUUUUCAUUGUUACUAUCCGAGCGGUAUUUUUUCUGGACAAAAUAUCUCAUAUGAGUCCAAUUUUAAAUGUCAAGGUGUGGCUUUUUCUAGCCUCAGCUAUUAAGGUCGAAAGAACCAAUACCCCACAUGCUGCUAAGCUUAGAUUUUAGAAUGUCAGCCAACGGUCAUGCUCAGUGUAUUGAUAUGCAGGUUGUGUUAUCCAUGGCAGUA